AGGAGCAAGGCAAUCUCACCUUAUCCACACGCCAACCACAACCUUUAACUAUAUCCAUCAUCUUUUUCAUCUCCAUAGAUAUCCUCGAAUAAAAUAAGAUAACAAUAACAACAAACCAAGGUCCUUGAAAAUUAAGCUCAUUUUUUCCCUUUUGAUCCUCUGACACACACAUCACUAAACUUGCUCUGCAUUGCAUAAUCCACCCACACAUGGCUGCCAUGAACUCUAGCGUGUUGGCUUGUGGCUAUGCCAUAUCUGGUGCAGGAUGUUCUGAGCUCAAUUCAAAGCUCACCUCCAUGCCCUCUUUGACUGUCUCUGGCUCCAAGUUGCCCGUGAUCAAGGCCCGCCAGGCCCGAGUUCCUGAGCCCAAAGCAUGUGAUGGAAGGAGAACUGCCCUUGCUCUCUUGGCAGCCACCCUUUUCAGCACUGCAGUCUCCAAUUCCUCUGCCAAUGCUGGUGUCAUUGAAGAAUACCUUGAGAAGAGCAAGGCCAACAAGGAAUUGAAUGACAAGAAAAGGUUAGCUACUAGUGGGGCAAACUUUGCUAGAGCAUACACAGUUCAAUUUGGAACUUGCAAGUUCCCUGAGAACUUCACUGGUUGCCAAGAUCUUGCCAAACAAAAGAAAGUGCCAUUCAUAUCUGAGGAUUUGGAGCUUGAAUGUGAAGGAAAGGACAAGUACAAGUGUGGUUCAAAUGUUUUCUGGAAAUGGUGAUUAAAAACGGCAUCAUUUUCAUGUCCAAGUGUUCUCUUUGAAAUGUACUCAACUUGAUCUCCUUGAAAAUAUACCAUGUUUUUCUGCAUUGCUUUCAUUAUUCUAUUGCUGUUAUUGGCUUUUA